AUGUCAUUUGCUCCUCCCUCCGGGCCCCCGCCUCCUUCAGUCCCUGAAGGAUGGAAAGCCCAAUUCGACGACCGAUAUAAGCAAUGGUUCUAUGUAGAUCUACGCACCGGCAGAUCGCAAUGGGAGCGUCCCGAAGGACCAACCUACAUGGAAGACUCGCAGAGACCACCCAGCGGGCCACCGCCGUCAUACGAUGCCUCAGGUCCUGGUGAUCGACCUGCUUCAGCGGCCGCCGGCGACAAGAAACCGCUGGGCUCAAGAAAUCCGUACAAUAGCCAACCGGAUUCUACGUUAGAGAGCGAUGCCCGCUUAGCUGCUCAGUUACAGGCUGAAGAAGAAGCCCGAGCUCGUCGCAGAAGUCCGGUACCACCAGCACAGGCACAAUCUGGAGCUGCGUCCGAUUACUAUGCUGAGAACUCCCGCGUGCAGUCCCCCCAGGGACCAUCAACAUCACCCGCACCCAAACAGGAGCGGAGCAGGGGCUUUUUGGGCAAGUUAAUGGGAAGACACUCUGGCGGUAGCAGCAGCAAUGGUGGUGGUGGUGCGAGUUACAGUCGGCCACCGCAGCAAGCAGCCUAUGGGUAUCCUCAGGCCGGAUACGGUGGGUAUCCUCCACAGCAGGCGGGGUAUGGUUAUCCUUCGUAUCCGGCACAGGGUGGCUAUUAUCCACAGCAGCAGGCGCCGCAGCGGCGACAUAAUGGCAUGGGAACUGCGGGGGCUGCGGCGUUAGGUGUUGGGGGUGGUUUGCUGGGUGGCUUAUUGUUGGCGGAUGCUGUUGAGGAUCUCGGACAUGAUUUUGAUGGUCCGCCUCCGGGUGAUUUUGGUGGUGGUGAUUUUGGUGGAGGGGAUUUCGGUGGCGAUGACUUUGGGGGUGAUUUCUAG